AUGGCAUCAAGAAUUCGCAGAAGUGUUUCAUUUUCACACCCAAUUUCAUCACCAAAAACUAACCAUACAAGAUCAUCAAGUCUUCCAUGUAGAUCUCAUCCCUUAAUUUCUCAACUUCAAGAUGAAAUUAAAAAUCUCAAAAUUUGGGAAGCAAAUCCUAAUUUGAAAACUUCUGCUUGGCUGAAUGAAGGUUUGACUAUGCUUAAGAAUGUACAUGAUUCUUUUGGUGAUCUACUUCAUCUAUCACAAACACGAGAUUCAUUUCGUCGUAGAUCUGAAUGGGUUGAAUCUCUUCUAGAAGAUUAUCUUCGGUUCGUCGAUGUUUAUGGAAUUUUUAGAGCUUCAAUUGUUUCAAUAAAAGAGGAGCAGUUGAAACUAGAGAUGUCUUUAAGAAGAAACAGUGAAUCAAUGAUUUCAUUGUAUGCUAGAGAAAGAAAGAAAAUGAAUAAAGAUAUGAUGAAAAUUGUAUCUUCAAAUGUUAGAUUUACAGGAAAAUAUUUAAUUCCUGUAACAACAAUGGUGGAAUCAAAUUCUGCUGAUUUUGAGUUAUCUAUUGUUCUUAGAGAUGUGAAUGAUGUAACACAAAUGGUUACAAUGUGUUUGAUUAAAGGAGUUUCUUCUUCCAUUGAAAUUAAGAGAAAUUCUUGGAAAAAUCUGAAGAACUUGUGGAAUAAUAAAAAGAAAACGAGUGACAAAGAAGAAGGAAUCAAAGAAGUUGUAGAAGCCAUUAAAAGUUUAUCUGAGUUGAGAAUUAACGGUGAAGGAGAUAAAAACAGAAAAGAGAGAAGCAAGGCUUUAGAAAAGUUGGAAUGUUUAGAUGAAUGUAUUGAAGAGAUUGAAAAUGGAAUGAGUGAAGUCAAGGUAAUAAUCAUCAUCAUUGCAAGUUGCGACUCUGGAAUGCUUGAGACGGACUUAUAUGCUAAAUAUGAUGGAGCUGCACUGAUUAGUGAUUACAUAUUCUUAACUCCAGCUCCAGUGUAG